AUGGUCUUGGAACAGAACAAUAGUGCCAUGUCGGAGCACAACUCUCAAGGCGUUUCUUCCGGUACGGGUAGUCACCCUGAGUUGGCUUCGGCCCAUUCAAAGAAGAUGUCUUUGGCAAACAAACUCAAGAGACAACGCAAAAUUCGUCAAUCAGGAGCGGAAAGCCCCACUCCCCAGGAAGGUGGACAGUCAGUAGGUUCCAAGAGUCCAGUCAGAGACAAUGGUAUCGUUUAUAACAAGCGAGCGCCCACAGGAAACACCGGUGCAGCUCCCAACAGCACUGCUGAUAAUAAUACUGCAAAUGCUGCUACCCAAAACAAAAAUGCGGGUGGUAGCAGCAGCAUGGGGUCGUCGUUACUCCACAAUAAACGACGUGCCAUGCAAUUAGCAAAGACUCGAAGAGGUCAACCAAGCAACGCGAGACCGACUGCUGGGGCUUCUCCUUUGCCAGCAUCACCAGUUCCUCCUCCAGCGCCACCAGGACCAGUCCAAGCUAACAAUUCUCCUAGUAGACCAGCGCCAGCACCCUCUUCAGCUGCUGAUGGCCCUGCCAAGACGAACAUGACGGAUGCGGGUGGUUAUUCGCCUUAUCGCAAAAUGUCAGCCUCUCGUGUGGGUCUUGCAGAGCCAGCUUUUAACAAUAGCAAGGCUACCCCUGCCAACCAGCCGCCACAACCACAGCAGCAUCAACCACAGAGGCCACAGCAGCAUCAACUUUCCAGCAGCAACAUGCCAGAAAACCACCAGGAAAGCAAUGCGCAACUGCCAGAGUCAGAACCAGCUUCCUUGGAAGAAUCCACGGAUCUUGCUGCCUACUACGACCAUGAUAUGAGUCCUGUCGAAAGUGUGGAAACUGCCGAGUAUCAGCAGUACAAUGAUAGCUACAAGAAUACCCCGACGACAAGCAGAGCUCAUGUUGAAGUCCAGCCAACCCCUGUACCCAACCAAGUGCAAGAAAGGACAGCUCCGCCCCAACCGCGAGCUCCUCCGAUCCUUCCACCGGUAGACCGACAAGAAUAUCCCGCUCGAGGAAGAGAUCAAUCUCGUAGAGCAACGACUCCAGUGGAACCGUCGUCCUUUUCUCGCGGCGUGAAUCAUCGGAGUAAAACGCCUCCUCCUAGACUACCUGUUCCUCCAGUCCAUCAUGAGCUACCUCCCAGCCACCGAAAGGCGCCAUUCCAAGAUGCCCCUAGCAUGAUUAGUCAUCAUGAGGAAAUUGUUCCCUGGGAAAUGGAAGAACAGGAUGUCAUCACCAAGGAUUCAUACGAUGAUCCAGACAUGGACGAUAGGCGCAGUCAAGUAUCCACGGGAAGGUCCGUCAUAAGCAAUGGCGUUGUAGACUACGACGAAUCCAUCAUGAGUUUGGCCCGCUUGGAUAACUUUCGAUCCAAGGCCAACCAGGAAAAGGCUAACAAGCAAACGGUUUACCCUGGAAUGUCGGGAGGCAACGGCAAUAUCAACAGCCAGGAAACCCAGAGUUCGGAAUGCGCCAGCUUGACUGACGUUCCAACGUCUGCCAAAGCGGCCUCGAAGCAAUGGAAGUCUCCGGGCCGAGAUCAGAGGCCAUCGCCAGCGCGAGCUGCUUCCUGGAAGGGAAGGUCCGUAACAGCCAACAAGACUGAAACAACGACAUCGUUUGGUACCAAGCAGAACCGGGGGCAAUCCUUUGGACGUCAACAGCCUCCGUGGAUGAAGUCGCCCAACGCCAAGGCUCCAGAACUGCUGGUCGGGGCAUCACCUACUCCAUCACUCGCGUCUUCAGCUCAGCCAGUUUCACCUGCAAGAUCGGCAUAUUCCUCAGCAUCAAGGUUUGAUAGACCAAGCUCGCCAUUUCUUGCAGUACCCAAGUUCAACUCAUCUCGCAGCGACGUUGGAGUCGAACAUGUCUCGUUACCAAUGAAGGUGAGGCAACCAUCCGUCAAGAGUUGGAAGCCCACUUCUGCCAAGAAGACAACGUUUGCCCCCAAUGGAAGUGCGCCGGCUUCAUCUUCCCACGAGGAAAUACGACCUGGAUCACCCACUCCAACCUGGCCAGUUGAUCAAGAAUCUUGCCCGAACUCGCCCACGCAAUCUGCGACUUCCUCAGAGGCAGAUCUGGCAUCAGCUGGCGGUGUGCCCAAGGCAAGGAAGUGGUCUGCAAAGAAACAGACCCCUUCCUGGAUGAAACGGGCCCCUUCUCCCACCAUUCCAAUGCAAACGCAAAAUCUAAUUCUUCCCAUGUCUCCUAAAAGAGGCUCGGAUAGCGCUUGGAAGAAGGCCUCUGCAAACGAGAGCAAAGAUUUGCAGGAACCGAAACCAAUCGCGACUCAUGCAUCAAAAGCAAAGCAUUUUUCAUCGACCUUGCCGUCGAUUCCCAAGCCUUCCAACGCCACAAGCAAACAAGUGCCAGGAAUUGAAAUGGACGAUCGCGAGCGAUUUCGCCAAGCUGUAUCUCCAAGACGCCACUCGGCAUCACCUGGACAUCCUUCGUGGGUCAAGCCACAAACCAGCGAAUCUGAAGGCAGUGAGCAGCCCAAGCCUGUGACAUCGCCUUCGUUUCCUACCACGAAGACCUGGGCAGUGAAUAAGCAGACCCCUGCUUGGAUGAAAAAAGUCAAAGGUAACGAGGAGCCGGCCGAGAAGCCUCCGCCACCAGUCCCCACCACGAAGGUUUGGUCUUCCAAGAAGCAUACUCCAGCCUGGAUGAAACCUGAUACGGAAUCUGACGCAGCACCUACACCGUCACCGAGGCGCAGCUCUACUCCAUCUUGGAUGAAGCCAAUGCAACCAUCCAUGUCCGGAUCUCCUCCUGUGACUGCUAAAGACAACGUAGUUUCAGGAUCCCCUCAGACUCCUGCAAACAGGAAUAAGCAGGGUAGUGAAGCUGUCAAGUCAUCAGAGACUCCGCCCUCUCCAGCCAGAAACACUGCGAACAAAACUUGGAGAUCUACCACGCCAGCUGUUGGGGAACCGAGGCCAAACCCAUCACCACGUUCCCAAUCAUGGAAGCCACAACAAGUACCAGCAAAUGUUGAGAAACCUCCUGCUACAAGGAAGAUCAGACAUUCAAUUGGUGGUGGUGAAGCCCCAAAGUUGGGUCCCUCGGGAAACAUAGUGAUUAGCAAGCGCUCGCCGUCCCCCAGUGUCGCACAGCUACAAGAGCAGAUUUUUGUUACAAAAUUGGGCGUGAGUGGCGAUUCGGCGGAACAGCGUCGAGGACUAAAACCUAAACCUCAAAAGGGGCCCACUUCACCCUCGCCGCAAGUGAAACAGCUUCAGCAGAUCAUCUUUUCGCCGGACAAGAAGAAGGAAAUGGAUCUCCAGGCCAAAUCAAAUGCAGCGGGCUGGUGGAAGCGCGUGCCCAAUGCCCCGGAAGUGCAGUUAGAGCAGUGCGAGGCGCCGACAUGGAAACAUGAGGGAUCAAAUGCUAGUGCCAGCGAGGAGCAAUCGGAUGUGUCGCCCUCACCAACCAUGAGCUCUGACCCAGCGCCAAAGAAGGGUGUAUGGAAGAAACCUACUACGCUCAACCAUGCAGCGCCCUCAUGGCUCAAGGACGUUGCCGCGUUCCAUGAGAAUUCUCCCAAAGCUAAGCUACCCUCUCAACCGCCAGUUUAUCAGCAACCACAGCAGGAGCAACUGCCCAAGCCGUCAACCCCGACAAGGCCACCAACGCCAACUGACGCCCGUCCCAAGAUGCCAGGAAGCCCCAUGACACGAAAGCCUGACGAUGUGCCACAUUUGGCCCACAGUCCAAUGAAUAGAAAGCAUGUGGCUGUCAACGAGCGUUUGUCUGGCAGCCCCAUGUCGCACAAACUUCCUGAUGAAGGAUCCGCGGAUUUGAUGAUUGUGUCUUCCACGAGUACCACAAGCAGAAACGACGUUGUCGUCCAACAGGAAGACACGAAAUCGUUGAUUCAAAUGGCAGCAGAUUCAGUGCUGAUUGCUGACUACGAGCAAGCCAUGCAACGUGCAGUGGUUACUUCCAAGUCUGAAGAGGAGGACGAGUCUGUUGGCAACAAUGGCAUCAACACAUUACCAAAUGAGCUCCCUCUUGAAUUCCAGAAGGCGCUUACUGAGGAGGAAACUGGAGUGGCCAAGGAGAGCGAAGACUCGAAGGAUCUCGUUGAGGUCCCGCAGCCUACAGAGCACUCUUCUGCUCGGGCAGUCACUGUUACUGUUACCGUGAAUGAAAGCGCACCAGUGAUUUCCAACGAACAAGCACACUACGAACAUGAAUCCAAUGAACAAGCACACUACGAACAUGCACCCUACGAACAUGCACCCUACGAACAUGCACACUACGAACAUGCACCUUUAGCUAAACAGGAAGAAGCCAUGCUGCAUCCAGAGUUGACCAACAACAAACCUCCCGCAAUUGAGGAUACCAUCACAGUACAAGCUGAUCAUCAGAUGGAAGUUGAAGUCCAAAGCCAUUCAAUUCAGGUAGCGAACCCACCCACAACCACAAACGUCGUUGACUCAAAGAGCAAACCAAACAUGGCGGACAGGGCGAAAGCACUUUUGGGUUGGACUGAAAAACGCAAGACUCCCACAAAAUACGAAGAGAUGCAGGGCGAUCCUCAUUUUAUCAGCAAUCACGGAGUCGCUCCCAUUGAUCACCAAAACGAUGGAUUCCAAAACGAUGGAUUCCAAAACGAUGGAUUUCAACAAGGAGGUGCACGCAGUCCAGAUGCUUCCAUGGUUGACAGACACCAUGAUAUGAUGAUGCAGCCUAACUUUGGGGCUCCCGCCGUCGUCGAAAAAGGCAACGAUAAGGUCAAUCAACAAAGCUUUGGGACUUCCACAAGCGUCGAACAUGAUCGUAGUAUGGCCAGUCAGCAAAACUUUGGAACACCAACAAGGCCUGAGAAUGAUUUUGGUAUGGCUCGCUUCGGUACUCCAACCAGAACUGAAAAUCAUAGCAUGGUCAGUCAAACCAGUUUUGGAACAAUGCGACAAGACGAGAAUGGUUUUCCUUGCGUGCAAGAUGAAAGUGGCUUUCCAUGUGCCCAAGAUAACGACGGAUUUCCUUGUGUGCAAGACGAAAACGGCUUUCCUUGUGCACCGCUCACUAGAAACUCGGUACCAGCCACAUUCGGUGCUAGCGAUUUCCAAGCCGAUGCGUUUGGUGACCAGGCGUGGGCUGCAGAAGCAACCGACGAGAAGAAGGACAGCGAAGAACUCUUGAAUUAUUGGCCCCCCGAAAUGGAUCCUUUGAACGAUACAUCGGAGUGGGGUAGUCGAGAUCCCGGCCUUGACUCAGUCCCAAUGGCUUCACCGGAAGCAGUUACAGCGCAAAGCGUUAUUAUGACAGCAGAGAAAAUGCUUCAAAAGUUUGCUCAUUUGGACUUGGACCAAGCAACACCAACCGGCGCUAGUGGACACAUGCAAGGUGUCGCGGCCGAUAAUGGUGUCUCGGCCGAUAAUGAUGCUUGGGUGGAUCGAUCCCGAAGCUCUCGCUCCAAGGAGAAUUAUCAAGCAACCCAGCACGCAGAAGCAGACAUCUGGAACCUCCAGGCGCUAGCGGCUGCUGGUCACCACCAGCACUUGGUUCAGAAGCAGUACGCACAAUCACCCAACCGUGAACUGGGGCAGCACUUCUCCGACGAAGCGGCUUGGAGAUCACCAGAGCGUGGGGCGCCCCCCGCCUCUCCAGCACACGAACCAGUGGCCAUGGCGGACCCAAUGUGGGGAACGGAGCAGGCGGUAUUGGAUGCUGCCUGGGGUAGCCCUCAAGCGGACGACCCGUUCUCACCUGCUAAUGGUCACUUUGACGACACGAUGGGAACCAAGAGGCCUCAGGGCGGAGAUGCAUUUGAUCCCUUCGGGGAGGAGGACGACGGCUUCCAAAAUUUUGCCACUGGGAAGCUUUUUUCCGAGCCUCCUGACGAAUUUGUAGCAGUUGAAAACUUUUCUCCGCCCACCUUCUCAGGGAACAGAAACCAAUCCAAUGCUCAUGCAAAUGUCUUCGAUACAUACUACCACCCUCCCAACUCCUCCCAGAAAUGGGCAGCAUAA